AUGCGAGCUCCCUGCAAGACUGUCCCCAGUGUCAGGCUCUGGCAGCCUUGUGAGGUGUGCUUAUCUAAAGGAAGUAGGUUAUAUCCAGGAAUUGGGCAGCGGGGUUGUAUUCAAGAAGCUCCUGGUCCACUUGCAUUUCUGCACAUGAAAGUAUGGGAGUUUGGCCGCUGGAAAGUAAAUAACCUUGCAGUUGAGAGAAGAAAUUUCCUUGGCUCCCCUCUGCCUCUUGCCCCUGAAUUCUUCCGCAACAUAAGACUUUUGGGACGUCGACCUACCCUUCAGCAAAUCACAGAAAACCUUAUCAAGAAAUAUGGGACACAUUUCUUGCUCUCUGCUACUCUGGGAGGAGAGGAGUCACUCACCAUUUUUGUGGACAAGCGGAAGCUGAGCAAACGAUCUGAAGGAAGUGAUUCCAGCACCAAUAGCUCCUCGGUCACCCUGGAGACGCUCCAUCAGCUGGCUGCCUCCUAUUUCAUUGACAGGGACAGCACCCUCCGGAGACUUCACCACAUUCAAAUCGCAUCCACUGCCAUAAAGGUAACAGAAACACGGACAGGUCCUCUGGGCUGCAGCAACUAUGACAACCUAGAUUCUGUCAGUUCUGUUCUGGUUCAGAGUCCUGAGAACAAGAUUCAGCUACAAGGGCUUCAAGUACUCCUUCCAGACUAUCUUCAGGAGCGUUUUGUACAAGCAGCUUUGAGCUACAUUGCUUGCAAUUCAGAGGGAGAAUUUAUCUGCAAGGACAAUGACUGCUGGUGUCAGUGUGGCCCCAAAUUUCCAGAAUGCAACUGCCCCUCCAUGGACAUUCAAGCCAUGGAAGAGAAUCUUCUUCGAACAACCGAAACCUGGAAAGCCUACAACAUGGACUUUGAAGAAUCAGAUGAAUUCAAGUUCUUUAUGAAAAGGCUACCCAUGAAUUAUUUCCUCAACACAUCUACCAUAAUGCAUUUGUGGACAAUGGAUUCUAAUUUUCAGCGCCGCUAUGAACAACUGGAGAACAGCAUGAAGCAACUUUUCCUAAAGGCACAGAAAAUUGUACACAAGCUCUUUAGCCUUAGCAAGAGGUGUCAUAAACAACCCCUCAUCAGCCUGCCAAGACAAAGAACCUCAACCUACUGGCUCACGCGCAUCCAGUCUUUUCUCUACUGCAAUGAGAACGGCCUCCUGGGCAGCUUUUCUGAGGAGACACACUCGUGCACGUGUCCCAACGACCAGGUGGUCUGCACCACCUUCCUGCCCUGCACCGUGGGCGACGCGGCCGCCUGCCUCACCUGCGCCCCCGACAACCGCACGCGCUGUGGCGCCUGCAACACGGGCUACAUGCUGAGCCAGGGGCUCUGCAAGCCCGAGGUGGCCGAGUCUACCGAUCACUACAUCGGCUUCGAGACGGACCUGCAAGACCUCGAGAUGAAGUACCUGCUGCAGAAAACGGACAGACGAAUAGAGGUCCAUGCCAUCUUCAUCAGCAACGACAUGCGCCUCAACAGCUGGUUCGACCCGUCCUGGCGGAAGCGGAUGCUGCUCACUUUGAAGAGCAACAAGUACAAGUCCAGCCUGGUCCACAUGAUCUUGGGUCUCUCUCUGCAGAUCUGCUUAACGAAAAACAGCACCCUGGAGCCGGUGCUGGCCGUUUACGUCAAUCCCUUCGGAGGCAGCCACUCUGAGAGCUGGUUUAUGCCUGUGAAUGAAAACAGCUUUCCCGACUGGGAGCGGACUAAGCUGGACCUGCCCCUGCAGUGUUACAACUGGUCGCUGACUCUGGGGAACAAGUGGAAGACGUUUUUUGAGACGGUGCACAUCUACCUGAGGAGUCGCAUCAAGUCCAACGGCCCCAAUGGCAAUGAGAGCAUUUACUACGAACCUCUGGAGUUUAUCGACCCUUCCCGGAACCUGGGUUACAUGAAAAUCAAUAACAUCCAAGUGUUUGGCUACAGCAUGCACUUUGACCCGGAAGCGAUUCGGGACCUGAUCCUGCAGCUGGACUACCCCUACACUCAGGGAUCCCAGGACUCAGCACUUUUGCAGCUUCUGGAGAUAAGAGACCGUGUAAAUAAACUCUCCCCGCCCGGUCAGCGUCGUCUAGAUCUUUUCUCCUGCUUGCUUCGUCAUAGACUCAAGCUGUCUACGAGUGAGGUGGUGAGGAUCCAAGCUGCCCUGCAGGCGUUUAAUGCCAAAUUGCCAAACACGGUGGAUUAUGACACGACCAAAUUAUGUAGUUAACCAUAAAUGUCAAGCACAACCCAAAACCUUGAAGGAGUUUUUACAGUGCUUUUGUGGAACACGUUAUGUUUGGAAGAGUACAUUUCAAUUGUCUUUUCAAUAUCUGUCUUAUAUCAGUCAAUAACAUUGGAUGGCAACUUACACACAUGAACUUGCUGACAAUGAAUAUAUUAUACUGCAGUUUUGGUUUAUGAAUGAAAUAAAUACUGACACCAGUCUAGAAGACAUUCUACUUUUUACAAUAAAUUUCAUUUGUAAUUUUAUAUGUUCCGUGGCAAUGCUUUUGUGCAUUACAUCCUCUAGAGGGAACAUAAAAAGAUACCAAUAAAAUUUUGUAGCUGAACAGUUAUUAAAAAGAA